AUGAAGCUGGCACUCCGACACUUCUCCUUGGGCUUGACAUUCUCUUGGACCAGACCAGUGCUAGGCAGUAAACCCUACGCUGGUGGUGUGUGUCUUCGAGCCCACCCAUUUGGAACGACCGCCAACGUUGCCUCCGCUGAGACUCAGCAUGCCUCUACUCGGCCUAGCUACUCACGCAUCAACGUAGGAAAGCGUCGAACCAACGACAACGACAAGAUCUACCAUCUUUUGGACUCUGUCCACACAGACCCUGCCGUAUUAGACAGCGUACGAGAAGCGGUCAUCAAGCUCGAAGAGGUCAAAGAUGGCUCCUGUCUCCCAACCCACACGGAUGUCACGAAACCGUACGUGGAACGUGAGGCCCAACGUACCGUGCCUGAAGAUCAUCCCGUUCGCCACGUCCUUACAAUUCUCGGACCUACCGAGGGCUCCUCCGCUCAUUAUGUUGCGCUAGAUGAGAUGGUUAAGUACCUCACCUGGCACGAUCCCUCCGUCCAAGCCAAUCGCAAUCAUCACCUUCAACAAGAAUCAAAGCGCCCGGACCUUUCAAUCUGGACCAGCGUACAAGAUGGACAGUUCGCCCAUAAUGCCGCCGCGCUACUCCUCCUCCACUCCCCGAAUCUUGAGACUUUGACCUACAGCGCUUGCCCACUUCCCUAUCGCCAAUCCGAUGCCGACCAUUCCGACCCUUACCGGGAGCAUAUACUUCGAACAGUACUUCUACGCAAUAAUUAUGGUCUACUCCCCGAGCCACAUCUCCGGAAGUUGAAGCAUGUUCGCUUGCUGCCCGAGCGAGGAAUCUGGUAUGAGGACGGAGAUACCUACUCUCACAUGGACAUCCUUGGCGAGCUCCGCCUCUUCCACCGCCUACCGAACAUCGAGAGUGUGUCGAUUGAAGGGGUCGAAGGCCACGGCGGCGCGGGCGCAGUGGAAUACUUCCCUCCUCACUCCUCUAACAUCAAACACAUCCAUGUCAGUCAUUCCAUCCUGGACAACUACGCUGAACUCAUCCUCACAUCCAAAGCCCUGGAGGCAUUCACCUACUCUAUUGGCGGUCGUCAUACGAGAGAUGGAGGCUUCUAUAGCGUCUGCAGCAAGACAAUGGGCAAGGCGCUCUGGAGUCAGCGCACGAGUCUUAGGAAGCUGGAUCUGGACGUUGACAAUAUAAUGAGUGAUGAUGGUGAUCAAGGAUAUGAGCGCGACGUGGAGGAUGCACGAAUGAUUCUCGAGGACUAUUCUGAGAGUGACGAGCCUUACUAUCGUGACCAAUGGUUUAAGCUUGACGAGGAAAUCUCCGAAGGACCGUUAUUGGUCUUUGAUCUGCCGGAUACGGGGGACUAUGGCGGGAGUAUUGGCUCCUUGCACGACUACGAGAAGUUGACGCAUCUGAGUAUCGGCAUACAACUUCUUCUCGGCCCGUCGGAGAUGGAUGUCGAGUACGAUCUCGCUGCUCGACUUCCGCCGAGUCUGGAAUUCUUGCUUUUGCGGGGGUACACGAAGGGCGAGCAUAAGCGUUACGAUCAUAUCAUCAUGCACUUCCAGAGCCAACGGGCGGCGAAAUUGCCGCUGCUAAUGGAAGUCCAAGGAGUGGAUGAGGUUGUGCCUAGUACGCCGAUGGAACCUGGAAGGCCGCAAAGUCGAAUGUUCGGAAGUGGCAGUGAGGAGGAGGAGGAGGAAGAGGAGGAGGUGGUGUAUUGGCGGCCGGAGAAAAGGAAUGAAGGUUGGGUGGAGGUGUGA